AUGGUGCUGAGAGACAUCCGCUACGCACCUUCCUCGGCAUCGGCUUUGGAUCUCUACAUCCCCGCUGCCUCGCCCCGAUGUCUCCGCGGCGUCGUCGUCUACUUGUACGGCGGCGCAUGGUCGUCCGGGAGCAAGUUCUUCUACGCUCCUGCCGCCCAUCAUCUGGCUGAUCAGGGUCUACUCGUAGUUGUGGCCGACUACGUCCUCGUCCCAAAGGGUGACUGCCUCGCCAUGGUCUCAGACGUCCGCGCUGCCAUCGGCGCCGCCCUCGAUCCCGACUGGCUGGCGGCGGCACUGGCUGCCCGCGGCGCCCUCUCCCACCACGCCCGCGCCGUCCUCACUGCCGCUCGCUCCGUCCCGGUCACUGCUAUUGGCCACUCGGCUGGCGGCCACCUGCUCGGUUUGGCCCUCAUUGACCAGGCCGUCGCCGAGAUGCAGGGCCUGCUCCAUGCUGCCCCGUCAGCCCUCCACGCGUGGUCGCCGUCCUCCCUCGCCGCAGCCGUCACCAUCGCCGCCCCGCAUGACGUGGCCGACCACUACCAGUACGAGCUCGGCCGGUCGGUCGCCCAUCUCUCCGGCCUUAAGCCGGCCAUGGGCGGCGACGCCAGCCUCUUCCCGCUCUUCUCCUCUUCGCGCACCAUCACCUACUGGCACGCUUGGCGUGCCGCCAUGCCGCGCCUCAUCGGCGCUCCCGACCUCGGCGCCCUUCCGCACCUCUACGUUGUCCAUCCUGUCGCCGACACCACCGUCCCCUUUUCUGCUGCCUCCAAGUUUGUCGACGCGCUCAUCGGCCAUGGCGCCGCUGCCACCCUCGUCCCGCUCCACCGCGGCAUCACCCACUCGUCAGCAGUUCUCGCGCUCUUUGACACGGCGCACCGCGAUUACGCAUUUACGAUGGGUCUGCUCCUCCGCGCAGCGCUGCACCCUCCACCGCCGGUGCCCUUGGCUCCGCCAUCACGCUCGCCGGCGCCCCCCUCUCACCUCUCUCCGCAAGAGCCCGACCUCACCGCCCUCACGCCUGCGUCGGGCUGGCAGGCCGACUACCCGCCGCAUCUGGCGGCACGCAUCGACGCCGCCUACGCUGCUCUCGUCCGCUACGAGGACGACCCGCAGUUUGUCCAUGUCACCGCCCGGAGCGGAGUCACCACCUCGCGCCAGACCUCCCACGAGAACUCGAGCCUCUACGCUGUCCGCGGCGUUGCCACCUACGACGACCUCUCGCCGCUUGACUUUUACCGCCUCCUCAAGGACAUUCCCGCCCGCGCAAAGUGGGACAACAUGAUCAAGCGCAUUGCCACCGUCCACGAGUACAACCCGUACUACAAGAUCAUGCACAUGGUGUUCCGUGGCGGAGGACCGGUCGCCGGCCGUGACAUUCUCGUCCUGGCCGGCUCGCGUGUCGCCGCAGAUGGUACCAUCACCGUCGUCUCGUUCUCGGUCAACGAGCCGCAGCCCGCCGAGCACGCUCCAGACUCGGUCCGCGCCACCUGCUACACCUCAGGCUACAUCUUCCGCCCGCUCCACCCCGGUGCGCCCGCUCCCGGCGUCCGCGUCACCUACGUCACCUGCGUCGAUCUCAACGGAUGGCUCCCGGCCUCGGUCACCAACUACGUCUCUCUCCAGUCGACCGCCACCAUCGCCCGCAUGGCCCGCUUCCUGCACGCGACGCCCGCCAACUGA